UUAAAUUCGCCUUUGCAGGAUUGUUGACGUUGUGGUUGACGUGUUUUGACAUUUAUAAAAAAGCUAGGUUAUAAUUUUAAAGUUAUGUGUGAAAAAUGGCAAAAUUUAAUAUCAAUUUGAUAGAUUUAGAUGUAAAUAAACUGUUCGAAGAACGUAGCAUCGAUAAUAUUAUCCAAUUAGAAAGAUUAUUAGAUUCUGAAAUAGAGAAAAAAAGAAACGCACUUAGAUCCACAGUUGGAGAUCGUUACAAAGAUGUUCUGACUGCAUCUGAUGCAAUAAAGUCGAUGAAAACAAUAUCGCAGGACAUAGUGGACCAUAUUGACAAAAUAACGAGUACCUGUGGAAAUCUACUUUUAGCACCUUCCAAUGUCGAUUUGAAAUCAAGUUUUCCUAUUGGGAAGAACAAAUUAGAUGAAAGAACAUUUGUGGUCCAGGUUCGGUUAGCAAUUUUUCUAAAUGAACAGAUAUGGUUAGCUUUGGAUCAAGAAAAUAAUUUAGAUGCUGCCCAGUACUAUUCACUUGCCCAAUAUAUACAUACAGGUUUGGGGCUGUCCAAAAAGGAAUUCCUGGAUAAAAUCCCAUAUUUAGAACACAUAAGAAAUCAAAAAGAGUCACUUAAAAAUAGGAUAUUCCAUAAAAUUACUGAGAAGUUAGAAUCAGUAGAAACAACAGCAGAGGAUACUAGCAAAAAUUUGAAUGCUUUAUUACUGCUACAAAAUGUAACUUGUGAAAAUCUAUUAAGUAUUUUCAUUGAACACCGCAAAACAGCCUUAAGUACUGUUAUAACUACAUCAUAUUCCAGUGUUAGAGUACAAGUUUAUUCGAUGGUGAAAUGCCUGAUCACUACAAUUCAUCUCCUACAUCACUGUUUCAUCUGUUAUGGUGGGAGUGACAAAGGAUUGAUUUGGCAACAACUAGAGGAGAUUGUCUCAGAGUCUUCACCAAAAACUUUAUCAAAGUUGCAAUUACCAGCAUCAUCUUUAUUAUUGUAUAUACCAGAGAUCAUCAAACAGUUUAGGUGGGCGAGGAUUAUUCUAUUAUACUAUACCUACAAGGCCAAAAUGUAAUUUCUCGACGGACGUUGUGAAUUCACUGAAAGAAGCAAAAUCUGUAGUUGAAUGUUGGCUACAGUGUACUUUGGUGACAGUUGAAGAUGGAUUAAAAAAAGCAUUGCAACUUAUUACUAAUAUAAAAGGUUUACAUUUAACGCGAGAGGAAUCACUGAAAAUAGACUUGCCAGAAAAUUGGGAAAACAUUUGUAAGGAAUCGCAUCUUCCAGAGCAUUUUGACGUUUGGUCAUACUUUUUUCAAAAGUUCAUCACACUUCGCUGUAGGGAACUGAUAACCAAAAAAGUUUCAGAAAAUACGAGUCAGAUACAAAAUUGUAUUUCAUAUACUCUAGAUCAAGUUCUGAAAUUAGGAAAAUCUGAGCUUGAUUUAAGAUGGUAUUCCUGGGUGGAAGAACCAGGUGACAUCAGUAGGAGUGAAAACUGUCAUCGAGGUUUAUCAAUGAAAACAAGAGGCUACUCCCAUAAUAUUAUUGAACUAUGUAAAAAAGUAGAUGAUAAAUAUUUAGCUCUAUUGGAGGAUGCAUCGCAGUAUUUAUAUGGUAAAGAAUAUAAUGACGGUAUGAAUUUUAUCGUGAAGGAUUUCAAAUUCAAAAGGAAAUUCGUAGACAGAGAUGAUAUUGAAAACCACCUUAGGAAUGAGUGUACCACAACAUCGGUCAGUAUAUCGGACUAUAUUUUAAGCUCCCUGCCACAUUCAUCUACAGACAGCGAUUUGGUAACCAAAUCCAUAGUAGGUGCUAGGUUUUUAGAAGCAAUUUUUUUCCUUUGUCCACAUUUCCAACAGUGUUGUUCAUUGAAUAAUGUCACCGACAAGUGGCCUAAAGUGUGCAGCAGGUUUAGCCAAGCCAGUAACACAUUGUGGGAAAACUGGCUAGAGAUCGAGGUUAAGCAGACGGAAAUGAUUUGUGAAAAAUUGCAUGAUAUUUCUCAAACGAAGAUGAUUAGUAUAUACACGAGGUGGGAUGAAAUCGAAAUACAAGAACAGACUGAUGACGAGGAGGUUUUCAAAUCACAAAUACGAGUGCCGCUGAAACCUAGUCUUACCUUGAGUGAAAUUCUGGAUCAUCUGAAUGAAAAUUUAAGUAAAGUGUUGCCUCACACAUUGCCCAAAAAGAUCUAUUUAAAAUACAUCGAAAAGAACGCUUCAGUGAUUCUUAGUCAUUAUAAAAUCUUCGCCGAAGAGGACUUGAACCAGAAGCAGGCGUUGCAGUUUCUAUUUGACGUGAAGUUCCUGACGGCGUUCUGUGUUCCCAGAGAAAAUAGUCACCUAAUCGGUCUUUCGCAAGAUAUCUGUGAUAAAUUUAGAAGUAAGGUCGACCCUUUUGAUUUAGAUGUUUUCUAUCCGUACCUACAGAGCAACGUAAAAAGGGCUGUUGGACAGGCACAGGUAAUUCUAGGAUGUCUUUUGCCCUCACCCCAUCAUUUGGCCAGCUUGGGGAUAUAUGAGAAGAAUAAAGAGCAGGAACAAAAUCCAUCACUGUUAGCGCUAUCCACACCGUCUAGCACAACGUGGUUUUCAUUACUGCCAAUAUCUGUUCCGACUUCAAAGUUUGCUGCUGGUCAGCUGACUUCGAAGAAAAGUACUAAGGAGGCAAGGGCAAAAUCUACUCCAAAAUCCACGAGGUCCCAGGAUCCUACGAGUAUCAUGAAACAAAGCGCUGCUUCCCUAUUUAGUGGUCUCACUACGGAUUGGUUUUCAUAAUAGUAUGAAUAUUUUAUAUGUAUGUACAUAUUGUUUUACCACCGCAAAGCUAUUGUUGUAUUGUAUUAAAUUUGAACAUACGAUUAUUUAUAUACAUGGAAAUAAAUACCGCCUUCAAGUUAUACCAUAUUUUUUUACAACGGGAUUCACG